UUUCCGCGAUGAGGUGCUUUCUUUGCUUCAGAGCACCGCUCCACUGCAUCCUGUUGCUGGUCCUGCAACUGCUGCUUCUUGGGACACCUUCAGCCGGACAAAAGGUGCAACCACGCAUCGUAGGCGGCACCACCACCACCCAGUCCGCGGUGGGCGGCUACGUGCUGAACCUGCGCUACGACGGCUCCUUCUACUGCGGCGGCUCCUUGGUGACCUCCAUGUACGUGGUGACGGCGGCGCACUGUCUCAGCGGCUACAAGCCGGGCCGGAUGACCGUCCAGGGCGGGGUGUCCAAGCUCACCCAGAGUGGCGUGGUGCGCGGCGUGGCCAAGUACUUUAUUCCGGCCAGCUACAGAAACUCCACGCUCAACAUGGACGUGGGCGUGAUCAGGCUGCAGAGUGCCAUGACGGGCAACAACAUCCGGACCAUAUCCCUCUGCCGGGUGCAGUGGCGCUCCGGCGACUACAUGCGCGUCUCCGGCUGGGGCAUCACGCGCACCAAGAACACCAGUCCGUCCACCCAGCUGCGAACAGUGCAGAUCAAGCUCAUCCGGAAGAAUGUUUGCCAAGCGGCCUACCGGUAUCGGGACACCUUGUCGGGCUCCACUUUCUGCGCCCGCUCCGCCGGCAAGGACAGCUGCUCCGGGGACUCGGGGGGCGGGGUGAUCUUCAAGAAGCAGCUCUGCGGCGUCGUCUCCUGGGGCCUGGGCUGCGCGAAUGCCAAGUACCCCGGCGUCUACACCAGUAUCCACAGGGCGCGAAGCUUCAUCACGAGCUCCAUGAAGAAGUGA